CGUGAGCCUGUGCCCAUUGUGAGGAGCGAGAUGCAAUGAAACCAUCACAUGCAUGGUCUUGAUCUCAUUUAAGUUGAUGGGAACCCAGAGAGAAAUGGCAAGGAGCUGCACACUCACUGACAACAUGACUUUCAAAGUCUGGCUGCAUGUGCUCUGGAACAUCGUCACAGCAGAAAAGCUGAGGGUUGUAUUCUGUGCUAAUUCUACUCAGAGUAGAUCCAACUGGCAAGAUGAUUGCACCUCUAAAAGGAAACAUGCUGAAACUUCAAGAGUGUUAUCAUAUCAGUUUAUUUACCUAAAAAAACAAACAUCCGUUGCAUAGCAUACUGAACUGAAGUCCAUUGGUUUUGCAGCCUUUCCAAUGUAAGUCCCACUCAGAGCAAAGUGUAGCAGACUUGAGUCCAUUCAUUGCAGUGGGCCUGCUUUUAGUAAAAUGUAGUCCAACUUGCUACAGGUAGGUAGCCGUGUUGGUCUGACGUAGUCGAAACAAAAAAGAAUAAUAAUAAAAAUUCCUUCCAGUAGCACCUUAGAGACCAACUACGUUUGUCAUAGGUAUGAGCUUUCGUGUGCAUGCACACUUCUUCAGCUACACUGAAACAGAAGUCACCAGACCCUUAUGUAUAGUCAGAGGUGUGGGGGGGGGGGUAUUACUCAGAAGGGCGGUGGGAAUGGGUGAUUGGCUGAGAGGAGUGGUAAACCAAAUGAGAUAGCACAGCGGUGAGGGAAGCGAGGAAAGGGAGACGUCAAAGUGCAAGUAGAUAAAUAGGUACUGCUACAGUGGGAAGGUAAAUGGCAUUUCCGUGUGCUGCUCUGGUUCGCCAGGAGCAGCUUAGGCAUGCUGGCUACAUGACCUUGGCCAAUAACGCGAGAUGAGCGUCGCAACCCCAGAGUCGGUCACGACUGGACCUAAUGGUCAGGGGUCCCUUUACCUUUAAGAUAUAAUACAGAAUGUAAGUGCUGUUUGUAUAUUUUUAUCUUUUUUGUGAAAAUAAAUACAAAAAAAACUCAAAAAAAAAACCAACAACAUUUUUACGCACAAGAAGAAAAAUUAGGGAAAUUAACAGAGGAGCAGGGAAGUGCUGUAUCCAAGCACACACACACCAUAUUAGCUCAACUUCCAAUAAUUCCUCCUGGCUAUGCUCUUGUGGUACAUGCAUUUUAACCUAAAUUACAUGGCAUAGGUAAGAUUUUACACUUCUGAAAAAUCCUAUGGGCACACAUAUCAUCCAGUAAACAGCUUACUUAACUGUUCUCUGGGUUAGAAAGCAUUAUAAUAUUGGCAAGUAGCCUAAACCAACAAUAGCUAUUGAUUUAGACUGCUGUUGCUGUCUGCUAACUCCUGGAAUGCCAAAAGAGAGAUUUAGGGUCCCUCUGAUCUUAAAGUCUUAGCCACCUACACUUAUUACUCAUGUACAAAAUAAAGGAAAUAAAGACAAGAAAAGCAUCUUCUCCCCCAAGCUAUUGAACAUCAACCUAAAUUUGUUGGGAGAGGUGCAGGUGGUUCCCCCACAAAGAGCCUUGAGCUAAGGGGGUCCAAAAUAAUAUUAAUAAUAAUAAUACUUACUGAGAAGAUCCAUAAGAAAUAUUUAGGGAUGCCAAAUUUUGUCCGCAGGGUGCCACAUUACCAAAAUACUCCUCUGUGCUUACCCAGUUUGUGUUUACAUUUGAGGCACAGUGGAGACUGUUGUAUUUAUGAUAUAUGGUUUAUUUACACAUAUAUACAACCUGAGCCUAUGCUGGAGGGGUUCACAACACCCCAAAAGGGCCUUGCUUCCCCUGCAGCCACAGUCUUGGAUUCAGACAAAAAUCACUCAUUGCUUUCUGCGUUGCUCUGACUCCAGCUCGCUGCUUUGCUUCUAGGUCACAUCACUGCUCCAAACUAUGACUUUAUCUGUUGAGAGAGGGGGCCCCACCCAUUUGCUAUCCUGCCCAUUUGCCCCUGAAUCCCCCUGAAUGGAUCAUCACCCAAGCUGUCAACUCUCCAGAAAACUAGCCUGCUGUUCCAAGAAUAGGAAGCCUUGAUUAAAUUCUAGGACUUGCCAGAUCCAGAGAUUAGAGGGGUCUGGCACCCCGCUUAACACCCUAAAAUUAUUAGAGUAUCUUUUCAUGACUACGCCAGUUAUAGUUUUGUUCCCAGACACUGUUCAAAGUACUGCUUUUAGCAUUCAAGUCUUCACAGCUUGAGCCCAGGAAAAUGGUAGGAUUGUGUACUCCCAUAUCAACCCAUGCAGCUAGUAAAAUCACCUUCAGACGUCUGCCUUAGGGUGAUCCCAUUUCCCGAAAUUACCUAGCUGAAAACAGGGAACAAGGCCCUCUUUUUGCAAUGACCUGUCUUCUGCUAAUCUGGUACAAUUGCAAAAUUCUGCUACAGAUUCAUCAAAAGACAAGUUGCCCAUGAACCUUGCUGCAUUUGUGUGCAGUGGGCAUGCUUUCAAGAGGGAGGUAUAUUCUAGAAAGAGGUAGUCUGAGGGUAGGAGAACAGGGGUCUCCUAAAUGAAUCAUUAACCAUUUAUGCAGAGCAACCCCAGUAAAAUGACAAAAAGUCCCUAUUUUCAAAAGUGUUUCAAAACAACACCAAAGGCAAACAACACCUUCCCCUCACACAGCUUCCUGAGAUGGAUGAAGAAAAGUAUACAGAUAACUUUCAAACUUCUAAAGGGAGAAAUCUUAUUCAGAGGCCAUUUCUCCUGAUCUAUGCACUGUUGGGUGUCUCCUACCUGCUGAUUGUCAUUGGCUUUGUGGUGGCCCUCUCCAAAGUUGCAUUAGCAUCCUCAGAAAUCAGCAAGCUCCGCACAGCCCUUGCGAAGGAUCCCUACGGACAUGAUUUUCACUUGUUUCCGUGUGGUGCCGACACCAGACAAUGGGAAUAUUUCAGUGGGAAAUGCUACUACUUCUCCCUGAAGGCUGUGUCCUGGCAUAUGGCCAAAGCACAGUGUGAACAGCAGCACUCUCAGCUGGUCAUCAUCAACAAUUUGGCCAAACAGAAUUUCAUACAGACCCGGACCAGGAAUGAGCGCUAUUGGAUUGGACUCCACGACCAACACACAGAAGGCGAGUGGAAAUGGCUGGACAGCAGCAAUUACAGAACAGGCUUCACGAACUGGAAGCAAGGAGAACCCAACAGUUAUCAAAACCAGGAAGAGGACUGUGGCCAAGUUUGGAUCAAUGGGGAAUGGAAUGACUACACCUGCAGUUCUGAAUCCUUCUAUGUCUGUGAGAAAGCCUUACCAGUGAAGCCGACAUCUGCAUCCAAGAGGCCCUGAACCCUAUAGCAUUAUUAAAAUAUAAUAAUAUAUUGUAGGCUGCAAUCCUAUGCCCAAUUGACCUAUGUAUGAGCCCCAACAGACGCAGUGUGAAGCUCAUUUCUGAGUAGACGUGUACAGGGAAUUGAUCUUCAUGCCUAAUAUGAGCAACUUCAAACCCUAACCUGGUGACAGCUCCCAAAAAAGCAAUGUACCUUUGUCAGGAAAACAUUAUUAUCAUUAUUAUUUUUAAAAUAUCAUACAAACUUUCAAGAUUUCAUUUUAAAACCCAAUUAUUUGGGGGAAAUGGCAGGUUUAUUGCUGACAUAGAAAUUCUUAAGCAAUUGUUUCUUCCAAACUGGGGGAAAUAAUUCUGUCCUUCCUUACAGGGUUCCCGAGAUGGUGUAAGAAAAGUACUUUCAACGCUAUAAAGUAUUAUAUAAAUGCUGCUGCUACAUGUGUUGUUUUGUUAUCUUAGUGACUGGCCCUUUUUGAAAACACCCACAUGAAAUUUCACAUAAAAGAUCCCCCCCCAAUAUUGAUACAUAUUUGCACAGCAGGUAUGUGUCGCAAGCCUAGUGAAAUCAGAGACACAGUGAGCUUCUUUCAGUUCUUUUAUUUAAAUCAACAGAAAUACAGUACAUAGAGAGACCAUGAAUUGUUGUUGUUUAGUCGUUCAGUUGUGUCCGACUCUUCAUGACCCCGUGGACCAGAACACACUAGUCUUCCACUGCCUCCCGCAGAAUUAUACAGAAUUAUACCAUGAAUUAUACUCCCCCAAUCUUGAGACUUUGUUCAGAUCAGAAUGCCUGCUCCACCCCCCUUGCGGUACUUCCUAGCUUCCCAACCCCUCCUGCUGCCUUCGGUGGCCAGCAAAGGAAUCUUUCUGUCUCUCUUUGGCUUU